AUGAGCGUCCGGAGCGGCCGCUUAUCAGGGGCGGCGAUGCCGCCCUCGACCACCACAGACGACUUUCGCCAGGGGUGGAUUCUGCGGUUUCUUGUGUAUCCAUCAAAGCUUCGACGCUGGGCGAAGAUGUUUAUUUUAUUGGGAUUGGUUUGUCUCUUUACCGUGGGCCUAAGCCGCAGUCUGAACUGGCAGGACGAGGCGAGACUCCAGAGCGAUAAUGCUGUCGUUCAUUUCCCCCCACCACGCCAGACUGGACAGCAUACACACGAUCCCAACAUUAUCCGCGUCGGCGAUACCUAUUACCUUUACCAUGUCGGCGAGCACAUCUUCAUUCACACCGCGCCAUCCAUGGCUGGUCCAUGGCGACAUGUCGGAAGCGUGUUGGAUGCCAACAGUAUUAUUCCGAAGGGUGACCGUGCCGUCCCCUGGGCUCCGACGGUCAUUGCUGUCGAUGGAACUUACUACUGUUACUACAGCGUGAGCAAGGCAGGAUGCCGGGAUAGUGCCGUGGGCGUGGCUACGUCCAAAUCACCAGGCCCAGGCAAAUGGCAUGACCACGGCGUGGUUGUUCAGACAGGAUCGGGCAACGGAUCAGAUGUGUCACCAUAUACCAUGUCCAACGCCAUUGACCCGGCCGCGCUAGUGUUACCUGAUGGAUCCGCCUAUUUAACAUUUGGAAGCUACUGGACUGGUAUCUAUCAAGUCCCUCUCGGCAAAGACCUCAUCUCCCCGGUCAGCACAACCAAACCAGAUGCCCGACACCUCGCCUACAAACCGAAUGGAGCCAGCGACCCGAACCGAAUUGCAAAGUCGCUCUGCGGGGAUCCCACUGGUCCACAUGCCAUUGAAGGCGCUUUUACUUCAUAUCACAACGGAUAUUACUAUCUCUGGUUCAGCCAUGGCCGAUGCUGCGACCUAGAUAGAGGAACGUUGCCCGCCGCUGGGUCAGAAUACAGUAUUCGGGUGGGACGAUCAAAAGAUCCGCGCGGUCCCUAUAUCGACCAGUCUGGAAAGAACUUGGUUGACGGUGGCGGUACCGUGAUCUACGGAUCCAACGCCGAAACCUAUGCCCCUGGCGGGCAAGGUGUGAUUCGAGUCGGCGAUACUGAUAUCCUGUACUACCAUUAUCAAAACAAAACUGUGGGCCUCGCAUUUUCGGACGCUGUACUUGGUUUUAAUCCAUUGAAGUACGUCAAUGGAUGGCCUGUCGUGCAGGCUUAA